AUGCAUCUCAUGUACAUUGAAGACCCGUCGGGGAAAAGAGUCUACACACUGAAGAAAGUGCUUGACGGAGAGGUCACCAAAUCAGCACAUCCUGCAAGAUUUUCACCAGACGACAAGUACUCGAGGCACCGAGUGACGCUCAAAAAGCGAUACGGUCUCCUCCUCACGCAACAAAAAGAAGAGAAGAAAUGA